GGGAGCCCUGGGCGGCCGGGGAAGGGUGGGCCGGGACGGAGCGCGGGGCCCUCCGGCCGCUGGGGGCCCAGGGCGGGAUCCGUGAUGCAGCGACAGCCCGACACGUAGGUGUGGGUGAAACCCCCCUGGCGUCUGCGCCGGCGACACCCGAUCGUGGGUCUGGCCUCCGGUUCCUGGUGCAAGGGGAUGAGCCUGAACGUGCUUUCCCCCGCAGUAAGGCGCAGUGUCAUGGGAGGGGAAUGUGCUCCUGUGCCGUGUGCCCCGGGAUGACCCUGCUGGAGCGGGGAGAUAUGGAUAACAGGAAGGAUGAAAAAAGCAGGACGCUGUGUGCAACCUCAGAAGAAGGGCUGAAGGCCCGAGGAAAGGAAAAAAGGAAGCGAAAGCGCAGCAGAAGCAGAUCCUCAUCUGUUUCGUCCACAUCGUCUUCUAGCAGUACAUCCACUUCUUCCUCCUCAUCACGCUCAUCAUCAAGAUCAUCUUCUUCCAGUAGUAGUAGAGAUUCUCCUAAGUCUAAAUCAAAGAAAAAGAAAAAAGAAAAACAUAACAAAAAGGUAAAAGUUUACAAAGAUAAAUAA